UCCGGGUCGAUUUUGUCCUGCUGUCUGCAUCGCCGGUUUUUGUCCUGCUGUCAGCAUCGGCCCAUCCGUCUUCCCUGCAUUCGUCUCCCCUGCAUUCGUCUUCCCUGCAUCAGCCUCCCUGCAUCGGUCUCCCUUAACCCUGCCCAUCGUCCCCUCGGCUUCUCUGUCUGGAUUCCGUCCCAUCCCCAUGUCAAUCGCCAUCAUUGUCGCCGUGGUCUGUGCGAUUGUCGUCGUCGCCUCGGCCACAGGCGUCUACCUCUGGCGCAGGAGAGCUGCUGCCAAAGCCACCGAUGUCGAGGCUUCGCCGACAGCCGUGCCUGCUGCCGCCGCUUCCGCCUUCUCCGCACGCUCCAUCUCGCAGUCCUCCAUCCCCCUGACUCGGCCAACGUCACCCUCGGUCGUCAUGACCAUCAAUACCACGCCUCAGAGCUCCCACCACUCUCCCGCAGCCACCUUCACCUCUCCGACCGAAACCGAGGUCUCCUUUGGCGGCACCACCUGGAUCUAUCGCGAUGCAUCCCAGUCCAGGUCUAGAACCCCAAGCAGCAGCUACCCAAAGUCGCCCUCGAUUGGCUCCUAUGCCAGCCAGAAGACCCUGUACGCCCCGCCGCAAUCGCCUGGGCUCCACCGGGUCACCACCCCAGAGCCUGCUGUUCCGUCCUCGCGCUCGAGUCCUUUCACCGAAGCCAAGAGCCCGUCCUACCCUGCUCAGUAUGACCUUUCGCUCGAGGAGCAGCUCGAGUGGCAGUCCGUCACCAACAACAGCAGCCAUCUCUCGGGCAUCCUCGACGCCGAAACCAUUGCAAAGGGACAGGCUCUCUUCCGGAUUCCGCCGCGCCGAUCCUUCGUCAAGACUCCCCCUCUGCCGUCCCACAUCGAGACCCCUGUUCUGGAAUCCUCCGAUGUUCCGGUAGCGCUAUCCAGGCCUCCUCCGGAAUUUGCCCUGCCUCCUAUACCCGCCGAGGUACCCCUCCCCCCCCCUGCUGUACUUUUUCACAUAGACCCAUUCAUAGAAUCCUCCUUUCCUUGUCUUUUCGACAUGUAUAUUUCCAUCCUUUGGUUGGCCGUGUGCCCUUGAUGGUCUGUCCCUGCUUAUCGUCUCGAUGGCGCUUGAUGAGCGCUGCCGGUCGACACCUCU